AUGCUCGACCACAUCGGCGUCCAAGUGUCAAACUACGACACCGCCAAGGCGUUCUACACGGCCGCGCUCGCGCCCCUCGGCUCCAAGCUGAUCAUGGAGAUCCCGCGCGAGCACACGGGCGGCGCCGGCGUCGGCGGGUUCGGCAGCGACGGCAAGCCCGCCUUCUGGAUCAGCGACAGCAAGAAGCGCGCCGCGGGGAGCAACGACGCGCAUGUUGCCUUCUCGGCGUCGUCGACCGAGCAGGUCGACGCGUUCCACGCUGCCGCGCUCGCUGCCGGCGCCACGUGUAAUGGCAAGCCCGGGCCCCGUCCCCAGUACCACCCCGGCUACUAUGGCGCGUUCGUCACGGACGCGGAUGGGAACAACGUCGAGGCGGUGUUCCAUGGCUGUACUGGCCCGGCGGCGUAA